AUGGGGAGGGCUCCGCUUACCUUACAAGUCCGAGGCGGGUCGCUGAUCUACUGGAACCCCCUACCCCCGCCGGUAUUUGUAGUCCUGGUCCGUUGUCUGCCCUCAGCGCCGCCGUGCGCCAAAACUACAGCUCCCGUAAGCAGCCACGGCGCGCUCCCGCCUCCCAUUGGCUGCGCGCAGAAGCCGCAGCCCCAGAGAAUGAAUGAAAUUGAAAUGCUACAUUACAUGUAGAAAACCACCGGCUCUGCGGUGUUGCAUUCUAUCACACUAUAUCAAAAUGGCCACAGCGGUGCAGAACCCCCUCAAAUCGUGAGUACCGUUCCUUUUCCGCUCCCGACAUCCGAGCAUGCUGUCAGCGUCAUCUCCUCACAUUCUGAUCCCGCUCCACACGCGCGGUGUAAACGGCGGAGACCGAGAUUAGGUCGCCAAUGAAAAGUUAGCCUAUUUUGUGGGUUUUUGUGUCGUUGUUCUUUUUUUUUUCCUUUUGGUCACUGAGGAUGCGCUGCGGUUCCUCUCAUCCCAUCCGCGAGCCAGCAUCAGCAGCAGCGCGCGCGCGUAUAUGGAGGAAUGCUGGGGGGAGCUGUGGUUGACCCGGCAUGUCCCUUGCCGGUGUAUGAACCCAAAAGCUCGAUCAGAAGCAGGCUGUGGAAUGGCCCGGGCUAAUAUGGCCCACCAGAACCUGUUAGCGCGCGCCUUUAGAGCGGCUUUCCGGCUGCAGCCGAACUACUGGACCUGUGGGAGAUGGAGAGGCGGAGGCAAUCUGGAGGUGCAGUCAUCAAGAACAGCCUCGGUGAGGAGUUUUAUAAGGAAGCCAUUGAGCACUGUCGAAGCUACAAUGCCCGUCUGUGUGCAGAGCGGUCCAUGCGCCUCCCGUUCUUGGACUCCCAGACCGGCGUGGCUCAAAGCAACUGUUAUAUCUGGAUGGAGAAGAACCACCGUGGGCCAGGUCACGCUCCAGGUCAGCUCUACACAUAUCCAGCUCGCUGCUGGCGCAAGAAGAGACGGCUAAACAUCUUGGAGGAUCCUCGGCUUGUUCCUAUAGAGUUUAAGAUUGACUAUGAAGCCUCUUUAAAGAAGGAGGGUGGGAUCCCAGAUGGUCCUGUUUUGGAGUCACUGCUUGCAGGGGAAACCCUGGACAAGAAGGUAGAAACCAAGGAGGAAGAGCCGAUGAGUGAAUGUCAGAAGCUGCUGGUUGGGGAUUUCCCUCAUGAGCUGGAGGUGGACGAGAUGGAAGAAGAUGUUCCAAAGCGCAAGAAUCGUACCAAAGGACGGGCCUACGGUGUUGGCGGUAUGAGGAAGAGACAGGAACCGCCCGCCAUUGAAGACAGAGACAAGCCUUACGUCUGUGACAUCUGUGGAAAGCGAUAUAAGAACCGCCCUGGGCUGAGCUACCACUACACACACACACACCUGGCAGACGAGGAGGGCGAGGAAGACUCGGAACGACACACGCUGCCCUUCCAGCGCAAGAACAACCACAAACCCAAGAAAGCGGCAGAUGGCUCGGUCAUCGCCAACGGAUACUGCGACUUCUGCCUCGGAGGUUCAAAGAAGACCGGCUGUCCUGAAGACCUCAUCUCCUGUGCAGAUUGUGGACGCUCAGGCCACCCUUCCUGCCUGCAGUUCACAGUGAACAUGACGGCUGCUGUGAGGACCUAUCGCUGGCAAUGCAUCGAGUGCAAAUCCUGCAGCCUCUGCGGCACCUCUGAGAAUGACGACCAGCUGCUGUUCUGUGAUGAUUGUGACAGAGGGUACCACAUGUACUGUCUGAGUCCUCCUAUGUCCGAACCGCCAGAGGGGAGCUGGAGCUGUCAUCUGUGUCUGAGACAACUGAAGGAGAAGGCCUCAGCCUACAUCACCCUCACCUAAUCUGUGGAGCUCAUCUUCUCCGCCUGUCCCCAAACCGCCCCUCCAUCCUCCUCCUCUGAGCUUCAGCCCCCCCUCUCUCUCCUCCUCUGAUCCCCCCGCCUGCUGGUUCCCUUUGGCACCACCGAGUCCUCGCAGCGCUGCACCCACUCAUGAACGUCCCUCCAGCAUCCGGCCAACCUUCAGCCUGGAAAAUUCCCUGUUGUGCUUCUCUUGACCCCCCGCCCCCCACUUCUCUUCAGUGCUCUGUGUCAGCAGUGAAGUUUGCUAGAAAGACUGUAACUGAGGGUCCUUCUGAGACGAACUGCUGCAGGAGGACCUGGAUGAGCCCUGAUGAUCUUCAGCUGCAGUUCAGUCUGGCUAUGAGUGAGAUUUAAUAGGAUGAUUAGGUGUCGAGGACGCCGCCGUGAGGAGCCCGUUUAAGGAUGGAGUACGUCAGCGUCCACCGUUGGAGCUCCUCUGAUCGCCUUCUCUUUCUGUGGAGGAGUGUGGUGCUGAAUUCUGCUGAGGUUGAGGGAACAAACUGUACAGGACUCAAACUCUUUCCAGAUCACACAUUCAUGAAGACGUUUCUGAACAAAAAGCAUCGGGUUGAGAACUACUCAGCUGCUCUUCUCCACUCUGACACAGACUGGUGCCACGUUUGGGGCUUGAUGGACUCAGAAGGCUGUGAAUGUUUUUUUUUUUAAAACAACUGUUACAAAUGAAGCAGUUUCAAAGAUCCUCCAGCUGAGGUUUCCUCUGGUGAAACAGAGAGCGGGAGGCCAAAGCCAGCCUGAUACGGUCCUGGUGCUCGGUGUGUGUCCUGUGGGAUCAGAAUGUAGGAUGGAUUUGGGGACAUCGCAGGUCUUUGUCUGGCUCAAGCCGAGGCUGAAGUGCAUAUUUUUUAUAACUCAUUUUUUAAAUUAUGUUCAUGUGCAUGUUGUUGUUUCAAUUGUUUUUAAAGACUUUGAACUGAAAAGGAAGAGAAAGCACACUUAAUCCGCAAUAACGUGUUGGAGACGAGAACUCUAAGCCAACUGUUGUGUCCUUCAAGCUGCGUGUGUCCGUUUGUGUGCUUUUAUUUUGGCGGUGCAGUGAGGCAGCUCCAUGCAAGAUAUCACCAAUUUACCUGUUCAUGCAGUCCGGGAAGGGAGGAGCAGAAAUCUAAAUAUCGGAGUCCACAGGUAGCACUUCAUUUUAGUAACUCGUCUGAUGCACAGAUGAAGGAGAGUCUUCAAGUUUUCUUCAGUCACAGCUAAAAGUCCAUCUUUACAAACUUUGUUUAGAUUAUGGUGACAGGUUAUGUCAGAUGUUUUUAAUGUUAAAAUCUAAAAUAGAUCCAGGACUCCCUAAAAGUAUCAAUAAGACAUCCUUUCCAUCUAAAAGUUUCAGUUUGAUGUUUCCAGAACUUGCUGCUCCUGGAUCAAAACAGCUCAGAGAUGUUUGCUGCCCCUACAGCUUACAUUAUAAUCAGUCUGCCCUGAGCUUUAUUCUUUAAAGUAAAUACACUAAAAAUGUUUCAGCUUCAUCCUCUCCACUGGAGCUCAUCUGCUGCUUUAGGUGAUGAUAAAGCAAUCUUCUAAAUCUUGUCCUGCUCUGCUGGCCUCAGUUUAGCCUCUUGACUCCUGAAUUUAUUCCCGGUUCUGAAAAAAAAAUCUUGAAUGAUUUGACUGUCAUGUAGAUUCCAAAUUAAGGUAAUUUUGAUGCAUAUUUGCAUCUAUGCAAAGGACACAAAGACCAAGGUUGAGACAGUCAAAUCCAUCUGAAAGAUCUGAUGAUCUUUGGAUCUAUUUUCAAAGCAUUCCCAGUGAUCUUUCAAUUAUGAUGAUGCCAUUUUUAGCUCAAAUCAAAACAUUUUCUGCAGAGCAGCAGUAGUUCAUUUGAAAUUCAUCUUGUGGUUGUGGACGGGACCUUCAUUUCCCAUCAACCCUUUGUUUACAGUCCCUCACAACCCCCACCUUAACAUUACUGGUGCAACAAAAAUAGUGAUAUGACAAUAUUGGUGCUAUCCUGUCAUACUUUUGAAGCCAGACGCCAGCUCAGGCGAGGAAACCAAAAAUGUAGAUGGAUCUAUCUGUCUGUCUGCAAGUGGACGCAUCAGAUUGAAGCAGAGUAAGGAGCUUCUGGCCCCCCGAUUGCACAUAUAUCAAAGCUACAGGCAUCAUUUUCUUGUUUGUUCUCGAUUCACAAUGAUUUGAAUGAAAAAUACCCAGAAAUGAAAAUUAAGCUUAAUUUCCUUCACAUAUCUCCUCCGUGAUGAGAAAAAUGCUCAUGUUAAAAACACAAUUUUAUUGGAGUGGGUCUAAACCAGAGCAAUUAAUAUGUCUAAAUUGGACAGACCUGUCAAUUUUAAAAGGUUAAACAGAUCUAGGACUGGGUUUCUCCUCUUCAUAGUCUGGCUUCUACCAGGAUUUCUGCUCUAAACUUAAAUCCACUUUUCUCUCCGCAACGCGAUAAAAAUCUAACAUUGUCCAGAAAAACGCCGUCCGCCAGACAAUUCCAACAUCAGUGAAAUAUUUUUACAUUGUAGGAGCAUUUGUGUUUUACUAUAAUGCAAUAUAAAAUCUGCAUAAGUCGGUCCACUGACAACAUGCUUCUCGAUGAUCUCCAUGUUUCUCAGAACAAGCUUGACUUUUUGGCCUGCUUUGCUGCACAGAUUAAAACUUGAGUGGCCCGUGGACUUAGUGUGCUCAAAUCCUCUUUUUGUUUGCAUGAAAUCUGAGGCCAACCCAUCAGAGUUUCAGCCCCCCCGCCAGGCUGCUGUGCACGUUGAAGGCUGCUGAGCUGGGGGCCUGAGCUCUCUCUGCCCAUUUAAAGACACUCCUGCUAACAAAAGCAGGCCCAUCGUUUCAUCUUCAAUAGGUGAACUGGAUUUGUUCAAGGCCGUUUUAUUGAGCUCUUUAUGUUCUGGUUGAAGAGGAAGUGGUUGUGAAGAUGCAUUCAACACCUUUAAUUUACUCUUUGGCUUAGAGAACUGGUUCCUGCAUUGAUCUGUUAGCUCGAAGACUUGGAGACAAUAGCUGUAAACACCAGAGUGAUUAAAGGCAACAAACUGGAGGCUGACCUGGAGCUUCAUGUUCUUGUGUCAGAAGCAUCAGGAGGGAUUUAUCGGACUUAGGAUGAAUUCUCAAAAAGAGAAUAUACUGCAGCUUUAUGGUACCGUUUCCAUCAGAAAGGUCUUCAUGUGUUCUGACUGCUGCAUGACCAAUUCUUUCUAAUUCACUUUUUUAAUUGACGUCAACUUUUCUUUAAAAAAAUCACAAAAAUCAAAACAGUCUUUUUUUAUGCCCCCCCUUCUGUGUUUCUUUCCUUUUUGCACAACAUUGUCCCCUUCCUAAAGUUUUCUAACCACUCCCUUACCAGUACAGACGGGUCAGUAAAAACCAAAAGAUUCUUUCAUGUUUCACGGCCCAGAAACAGGAUGAUGAAGACAGUGGGAGGGGGGAGGAAUCUUCAUCACGACUUCAGAUCAGAAAUCAUGGAAAUGUCUGAGCUCUGGGUGGGGUGGGGGUGAAAAGCCUUCAUGGUGGGAGCUUUUCCCAAAGCACUUAAAAAGUUGGUGGCUUUGAAUUUUACUCUCUGGUGAGGGUGGGGUAUCUUGGGGUGUGUUUGUGUGUGUGUGAGGGGUGAUUAUUUCAUAAGAACUGAGCCUUCCCUUUGUAUAAAUGGACAAACCAAGCAGAGGACGGGGGGGUGGGGGAAGCAGUCGAUGCCUCCUGCCUCCCUCGGUGGCAGUUUUGGGCCUCGUUCUUCUGUAAAACCGUUAUUGUGUGAUCUUGCUUGCACUUUUUUCCCUUUCUGAAAAUAUGAAACUACUUGUAAGUGGGGUGUACGUGCGUGUGCGUGUGCUAUUAAGUUUGAGGGGACUCAUUUUUCAUGUGACUCUUAUUACCAACACUGGAUAAAACAGAGAAAAAAAGGAGGUUUUCAUUUGUAUUUUUUACCUGGAGAGGAAAGGAGGGCUUUGCUUGGACAGUUUUCUCCUUCCAUUCCUCUUCCUGUGUUCACUGGGAAUGCUUUGGACCGCACCGCUGUCGCCGCCGCUGUCAGUCAUUCUCUGUGAAUUCACUCAGCUUUUUUUCUCUCUAACUUGAUUCAUUUUUUUCCAUUAAAAGAUGAGAUUGAAAAGCUC